GUGAGGCGCGAGGCGCUGGAAGUUUGUGCGGAGAGAGAGCGCGAGAGAGACGGGGAUGCUGCGGGCUCCCGGCGCAGCCUGAGACAUGGCCCCACUCUGGAUUUACCCGACCCUGCUGUCCUGCCUCCUGUCCUCCCCCAGACCCGCCCGAGCCCUGCGGAGCUACCCGGACAACGAAGUUACGUUACUGGACUCUAUGUCUGCUCUGGGGGACCUUGGAUGGGAGGCCUAUCCAGCAGAAGGGUGGGAGGAGAUCAGCGUGAUGGACGAGCGCAACACGCCCAUGCGCUCCUACCAGGUGUGCAACGUGAUGGAGGCCAAUCAGAACAACUGGCUGAGGACGCGCCACAUCCUGCGCGACGGCGCCCAGCGCGUCUACAUCGAGAUUAAGUUCACGCUGCGCGACUGCAACAGCCUGCCCGGAGUCCCCGGCACCUGCAAGGAGACCUUCAACAUGUACUACUACGAGUCCAACAACCACAACCUGUGGUUCAUCAAGGAGAGCCAGUACGUGAAGAUCGACACCAUCGCGGCCGACGAGAGCUUCACGCAGACCGACGUGGGCGACCGCGUCAUGAAGCUCAACACGGAGGUGCGGGACAUCAGCAACCUCAACAAGAAGGGCUUCUACCUGGCCUUCCAGGACGUGGGGGCGUGCAUCGCCCUGGUGUCGCUGCGGGUCUUCUACAAGAAGUGCCCCACGGCCGUGCUGAACCUCGCCCAGUUCCCCGACACGGUGACGGGGGGCGACUCGGCGCUGGUGGAGGUGCGGGGCUCCUGCGUCAAUAAUUCGGAGGAGUUUGAAGCACCCAGGAUGUAUUGUAGCGCCGACGGAGGCUGGCUGGUGCCGAUCGGCCGCUGCGUCUGCAAGCCGGGGUUCGAGGAGAGCAAGGACUACUGCCAGCCUUGCAGACCAGGAACCUACAAGGCUUCAUCGAUGGACGGAUACUGCAGUAAGUGUCCUCUACACAGCUACUCUCACCAGGAGAAAGCCUCCGAGUGCUCCUGUGAGAAGGGCUACUACAGAGCCGACCUGGACCCCCGUUCCAUGGCCUGCACCCGACCCCCCUCUGCUCCUGAAAACCCCAUCUCCACCCUCAAUGACACCUCCGUCACGCUGGAGUGGAGUCCUCCGAGAGACAGUGGUGGACGAGGUGAUGUCACCUACAACAUCCACUGUAGGAAGUGCCCCGGGGACGGCAGGAAGUGCAGCCCCUGCGGCAGCGGCGUCCACUUCAUACCCCGACAGUUCGGACUCUCCAUGGCCAAAGUGCUGAUCUCAGACCUGCUGUCCAACACCAACUACACCUUCAGCAUCGAGGCGGUUAACGGGGUAUCUGACCUGAGUCCAACCCUGAAACAACAAGUGACCGUCAACAUCACCACCGGACAGACAGUGAGUGUUGUUCUGAAAGAGAGGAAGAGUAAAGACAGCAUCACUCUGGCAUGGCAGGGUCCAGAGAGACCAAAUGGAGCCAUUGUUGAGUAUGAAGUCAUCUAUUAUGAGAAGAACCAGCGAGAUCAGAACUACACAGUGCUGAAGACCAAGUCUAACAUGAUGACGGUUGAAGGCCUAAAGCCAGGGACCACCUACGUCUUCCGGGUCCGUGCUCGCACUGACGGGGGGUACGGCAGCUACGGUGGAGAGAUUGAGCUGGAGACCAGCCAUGAAGAUAUGUUGGCCAUUGGAGACCCCAACCAGUCCACCAUCCUGGCUGUUUCCAUAGCAGGUGGUGCGGUGCUCCUGAUCUUCCUGGUGGCCUGCUUUGUAGUGAGUGGAAGACACUGCGGCUACAUCAAAGCCAAGCAAGACCCAGACGAAGAGAAGAUGCAGUUCCAGCACGGGAGAGUCAAACUGCCAGGAAGCAGGACCUACAUCCACCCACACACCUACGAGGACCCCAAUCAGGCCGUCCGGGACUUCGCCAAGGAAAUUGAUGCAUCCAGCAUCCACAUAGAGCGAGUCAUUGGUGCUGGAGAGUUUGGGGAGGUGUGCAGUGGUCGUCUGAAGCUGCCCAGUAAACGAGAGAUCUACGUAGCCAUCAAGAGCCUGAAGGCGGGCUACUCAGAGAAGCAGCGACGGGACUUCCUGAGUGAGGCCAGCAUCAUGGGCCAGUUCGACCACCCCAACAUCAUCCGGCUGGAGGGAGUCGUCACCAGAUGCAAGCCGGUGAUGAUAAUAACAGAGUACAUGGAGAACGGGUCCUUAGAUACCUUCUUAAAGAAACAUGACGGGCAGUUCACCAUCAUCCAGCUGGUGGGGAUGAUGCGAGGGAUCGCCUCGGGCAUGAAGUACCUGUCGGACAUGAACUACGUCCACCGCGACCUGGCCGCCCGCAACAUCCUGGUCAACAGCAACCUCGUGUGUAAGGUGUCGGAUUUCGGCCUGUCCCGGGUGCUGGAGGACGACCCUGAGGCUGCCUACACUACACGGGGAGGGAAAAUACCCAUCCGGUGGACGGCUCCGGAGGCCAUCGCCUACAGGAAGUUCACCUCGGCCUCCGACGCGUGGAGCUACGGCAUCGUCAUGUGGGAGGUGAUGUCGUACGGGGAGCGGCCAUAUUGGGAGAUGUCCAAUCAAGACGUGAUAAAGGCAAUAGAUGAAGGCUACAGGCUGCCCGCUCCCAUGGACUGCCCUGUGGUGCUCCACCAGCUGAUGCUGGACUGCUGGGAGAAGAGCCGCAGCGAGAGGCCAAAGUUCGGCCAGAUUGUCAACAACCUGGACAAGCUGAUCCGCAACCCCAACAGCCUGAAGGAGCUGGCGAACAGCUCAAUAUGGGAAGACCCGACGACCCCAGAGUUCAGCGUCAGUUCUGUGGAUGAGUGGCUAGACGCCAUCAAGAUGGGCCAGUACAAGGACAACUUCGCCUCUGCCGGCUACGUCACGCUAGAUUCAAUACUCUACAUCAGCUUAAGCGAACUGAAUAAAAUGCAUGUGACCCUCGUGGGACACCAGAAGAAGAUCCUCUCCAGCAUCCAAGGUCUGCACGCCCAGGCCAGCCACGUGCAGGUAUAACCCAGCCCCAGAGCAGACAGACUGACUGACAGACAGACAGAGAGAGAGAGACAGCGAGAGAGAGAGAGAGAACGGUAGAGAGAGCUAUCAGCAGAACAUCUGCUCUCGCUCUCCGAACAGUCAGCAGCUUCACCAUAUCAACCACCCCCAUCUUGGACGAAUGGAGCGCCAGUCCAGCUUCUGGUGCGGCGGAGAAUGGACGCUCAUCAAAUGAAGAGGAGACUAACUUUACAGAGGUGUAGAUGAAUGAUGACUUAACGAACAUUAUGGACACUCGUUUGGUGAAAUGUACAGUCAUUUUUGCAUCAGUUUUGUUUUGUUUGUUAUUUUUGAUUUUUCGUUUCUGCCUUCUUUGUGUUGCCAGUUGCUCCCCGUCCUAGGUUCGAUUUAGCUUGUGAAUUGCAAAAAGAGGUGCCUGAUUAAAGCUACAGUGGGUUUGGACCUAAGGUUGGUGCGUUUGAAGCCUACCUCAGUUAUGGGUACGCCAGCCGUUCUUUUUCUGAAGAAAGCAGGCUGAAAGGAAUCCGAGGGUGAUUUACGGCAUUAGUUGUCAAUUUGCUUGGCCUUCAGACCGGCCAUUUCCUUUUUUUUGUACAGUAAUGAUUAUAUAUCACCCCCUUCUCCCCAACAGCCAACAGAUGAGCUUUCUAUUUGCUUUCCCUGUAUCUAGCGGCGGUCAGAGGUUUAUAUUUCACCAGCGAAAAUAGAGCUAGCAGUCGAAUGGAAAUACGAUCGCGCCCGAAGUGAUUGAAGAAGCUACACAAGUGCAGAAAACUACCAGGUCGUACGAGGACACAAUGAGAGAAACACUGCUGUUAUAUAUUUAGUUUGCUGAGAAAUGGCGGUUCUUGGUUUUCAAAACAAGAAAAAAAACAUGUUUUUUAUUAAUUAAAAAAAUGGCACUAAUUUUAAAAAGAAGUACCAUUUUUUCGCACUAUAUAAGGCGUUAUUAGAAUUGGAUUGGACUGUAUUAUAAGGCACAUUAUGCGACACUAGUAAGGAACAGGGGUUUCGCUAUGUUUUCCUUCUAAUUCAGCAGGUCUUGCCGCUGGAUGGCAAGACUUGUAAAGCUAAGCUAAGCUAAGCUAAGUAAAGUAAAGUCAAACGGGCACUGGAUGAUGUUAAUCUACACAGAUUUCUCUCCUGAAAACCGUUUAUAUGGGUGAUUAAAGCGCUUCCGUUUAUUUACAGUGAGCUUAGAUUUCCAGAUUUCCACUAUAGCUGAGUGCAGCAGCAUUAGCAUUAGGCUAAUGCUGCCUGACAUUGCUACACUAAGGAACCUUGAGUGUUUCAGUAAGUCAGGGUGAUAUUAGCUAGAGGUUUCUUCCACGUAGCUUGUGUUAACACAGUAAACAUGCAGGCUACAGUCCGAUAUACUCGCCUCUGAACCGCGAAAGAUUUAGCUAGCGCUUAGCCUGUUUACCAGGUAAUGCUAAUGCUGCUCAAGCAGUGCUAGCCGGGUUUAGAAGCAGGCUACACACUGAUAAUAUUCACCUCUGAACAGCGAAAGUGCUAACGGCGAAAGAGGCAGCGCUUAGCGUGUUUAGUGGCUAAUGCUUAUGCUGCUCCAGCAGUGGUAGCCAGGGUUACACUGCAUAAAAAAAAAAACAGAUUUUCUGCAAAUUCCUGUAAAUGUGUACAUCCUCAACAAUUUUCUUUGCUGAUUAUUGUUGGAAAUUCCACUUUUCAGGCAGUGUUUGCCACAAAUGGCAAAAGAGCAAGUGCUUAGCAGCUAAUGCUAAUGCUGCUCCAGCAGUGCUAGCCGGGGGUUAGCAGCAGACUACAGGCCGAUUUUACUCACCUCUGAUCGGCAAUAGAGCUAGCACACCUAGGCCAGGGUGAUAUGAGUUAGUGGUUUGUUCCACAUAGCUUGUUUUAACAUGGUAAACAUACCGAUAUACUCGCCUUUGAACAGCGAAAAAGCUAGCUAGUGCUUAGCAGGUUUAGCAGAUAAUGCUAAUGCUGCUCCAGCAGUGCUAGCCAGGGUUAGCAGCAGGCUACAAUCCGAUUAUACUCACCUCUGAACAGCGAAAAAUCUAGCUAACACUUAGCGCAGUUAACAGCUAAUGCUAAUGCUGCUGGAGUACUAAACUAAAAGUCCUGUACCAGAUUAUAAGGUGCAAAAAAUGUAAAUUAUUUUAAAUGCGCCUUAUAGUGCGAGAAGUACGGUACUGGUCAAAUAAAACUGGGGAAGAUUUUAAAGCACCUCCAGAACUGUUUUUUUUUUUUUUUUUUUUUUUUUUUUUUUUAAUCACAAACACAACAAGCGAUCAACGAAAAACUGUCUGCGAAUUAAAAAUUAGGCUAAAAUCGUGUAGUUCGAACCAGGCAUUAGAAGUAAAUUAUGAAUUAGAAGACUGCAUUAUGCAUUAUGUCUGCCACCAUUACGUUUAGCGACUAAGAUGCUAACAAGCUAGCCCCUGGAACGACAAACACACAAACGCAAAAUGCGAAAUGCAAAAUGCCAUUGUACCAUAGUGUAAAAAGGAGUGUACAGCAUUGAUUAUUGAUUAUGAUUGAACAAACAUAAAAAGGGACCUAUAGAAUGUUUGUAAGGAUGUACUUAUAUUUAGUUUUGGGAGAGAAAAAGAAAAGAAAAGAAAAGAAAAGGAGAAGACGCGAGGCGUAGCGAUCAGCGGACUGGGGGACGGGGACGAUAGCCGAAACUCUGGAAUGUAGCAUGGAUGCUAACGCUUUGUCGUCGAUUGACAAGUAUGAGAGUGACUGCAGUUCUUUCUUAUUCACUCAAGUGGUGGCUGUAGCUGCUUGACUUUAGAUGCCUUAUUAACUGUGCUGUUUCUUUCCCUUCUUCUCUUCUCUUCUUCCCGGUAGAGGCAGUAUCAUGAGAUGUUGAUGUACAUAGUAUUUAUCAUGGCGUCACUUGAAGACUCUUGCUCCGUAGUAAAGCCUGGCUCCACACGCUUCCCCCGUUUGCGCGAGGUCGUUUUUUUUUUUUUUUUUUUUUUUUUUUUUUUCGUUUUUUUGAAAACCACAAGCUUGUGCUGGUGCAUGUGGCUUUGGGAAAAAGAGUGAUGAAUAAAAUGAUGAACCUACGAGGCUGAACAAAUAAUACAAAAAAAAAAAGUCCUCAUGCUAAUCGCGCUGCAAGUCGACUUACUACACUACUAUUUUUCUACCGGUCGUUCUGUACAGUAUAGAUACAGCCUGUUUCAUUUAAGCAUAGAAAAUAAAAUCGGAAAAAAUUAAAAAAUAGAGAGUCUUAGUUAGCUAACAGAAGAACAGAAGAUAAUUUGUAAAGCCCUCGUCCUUCAUUCCUUAUUUUUCUGUAUUUGCUGGAUUUUAAUUUGAUUCUUUGCAAUCUUUGUUUUAUCUUUUUUUUUUUUUCAUCUGUUAAAUCUUACAAUUAAAGGUGCCAUAAAUGAUCUUUUGAGCGAUGCUAAAGAAAAGCCACAUUUAUUUAUAGCUCUAUUAUUGCUAUCUUACACCUUGCAACUGCGUUGUUUAAAUAGCGAAAGUGCUUGUGAAUAUAGAGCUCUGGAAAAAAAAAAUUAAGGAGACCACUUCAGUUUCUGAAUCGUUUUCUCUGAUUUUGCUAUUUAUAGGUUUAUGUUUGAGUAAAAUAAACAUUGUUGUUUUAUUCUAUAAACUACAGACAACAUUUCUCCCAAAUUCCAAAUAAAAACAUUGUCAUUUAGAGCAUUUAUUUGCAGAAAUUUGGCUGAAAAAUUACAAAAAAGAUGCAGAGCUUUCAGACCUCAAAUAAUGCAAAGAAAACAGAAAAGUUCAUAUUCAUAAAGUUUUAAGAGUUCAGAAAUCAAUAUUUUAAUCACAGUUUUUAUUCAUGCAUCUUGGCAUCAUGUUCUCCUCCACCAGUCUUACACACUGCUUUUGGAUAACUUUAUGCUGCUUUACUCCUGGUGCAAAAAUUCAAGCAGUUCAGUUUAAUUUGGUUUGAUGGCUUGUGAUCAUCCAUCUUCCUCUUGAUUAUAUUCCAGAGGUUUUCAAUUUGGUAAAAUCAAAGAAACUCAUAAUUUUUAAGUGGUCUUUUAUUUUUUCCAGAGCUGUAUCUAAGCUGAUGGGUGUGGUGGUCUCAAAAUGCUCAAUGCGCUGAUUGGUUAAAUGCAUAUUACGCCCAAAGCAACCCUGAUAAACUAAGAGAGUUGAUAUAAAAUGAAUGUCUUUGGUGCACAAGCCGCACAAGGUGUACUUUUCCCAUCGUUACGAUAGCGAAGACAUAUUGACACGCCUUAAACUCUAACCCAUGUGGGAUUUACGGCUCACCUACAGAUCGGCAAAAUAAAAAUAUUAUUAACUUGAUAUCGUAAAGAGUCUAACUUAUGUAAGAACCUUAUUGAUUGAUUAAAAUUUAAAUAGUUAAAAUAAAAUAAACUAGUUUAAAAACCUCUUUUAAUAUUGUUCUGUAAGGAACCAAAGUGGUUCUUCUUUGGCAUUUAAAAAAAUCAUAUAAAGCACCUUUAAUUUUAAGAACAAUCGACAAAGAACAAUGUUUUUGUCCACACAAAUACACAUCAAAUCACAGUCUUCGCAAAAACGUUGUAAACGUUAACAGAGAUGAAUUGAUUUAAGCUCAAGUUCUCACUCAAAAUCAGCUAAUGAACCUUAUUUAACGAGACACAGCAAGACACAAAAACACAAUAUUCAUUAUGAAAGACAGCAGGUGGUUCGUUUUUGAUUUCUCAUUUCUAAUCUCUGCGAUAGCUUCAGAGUCUCUCUCAUUAACAGGUCAGGCAUUAGGAGUUUAUACAUGCACUGCUGGUGUCAGGUCCUGUCCAUGUGUAUCCAGAUACUUUUUAAAAUCUCAUUUUUAUUAUAUUAUAUUAUAUUAUUUUAAAACAGGGCAGCAUUUUCUGAAAGUGCUGUUUGAUGUGGAGGUUUCAGAAAAUGCUAUCUAGGUUGGAUGUGUAGAAGCUUUUUUAAAAAGGUUCUCCAUGGUGGACAUGUUUUUAAAAGGUUCACUAUGGUGGACGUUUUUAAAAAAGCUUCCAUAUGGUGGACAUUUUUUAAAAAGCUUCUUCUGGAUGGACAUUUUAAACAACGUCCACUAUGGAGAACCUUUAAAAAAAAAAAGGCCACCCGGGAGAAUCUUUUUUUUUUAAAAGCUUCUCCAGGGUGAAUGGUUUUUUUAAAAAAGGUUCUCUUCUCCAUGGUGGCCAUUUUUUAAAAAGGUUCUCCAUGGUGGCCAUUUUUUGAAAAGGUUCUCCAUGGUGGCCAUUUUUUAAAAGGGUUCUCCAUGGUGGCCAUUUUUUUUAAAAAGGUUCUCCAGGAUGGUUUAUUAUAAUAUUUUUUUUUAUUGAUUUUUUUAAUAAUCCAAAUUUAAUCCAAUCUCUACAAAAGCUCAAAUUCUCCACCCAAUCAAGGGUGUGAAUUUUUCAGAGACAGUGCUGUUGCCAUAGCAGCGAAAACAUAGAUAAUUUUUCAUAGUACAAACCAAAUCUAUGACAUUGAGCUAUUUCAGCUCCUUUCUAUAUUUAGGUCUGUUUUGGCCAUUUUGCUGUAUCUUUCCAUUCUGAUGAAUGGAGCUGGAAAGAAAAAACUUCUUUUUUUUUUUCAAAAAUAUCUGGAUAUGUGUGGAUGGGACCUAAGAUCAGUGAAAAUAUGAUGAAUGAUGAUGAUGAUGAUGAUGAUGAAAAUGAACUUCCACUCCUCCUCUUCCACUGCAAAGCGUUGUAGAAGUCAGAACAGUGAAUUAAAUUGAAGUGAACGUUGGAUUUUAGGGUGUUAGAAACAGAAAGAUGCUGAAUAGAAGAAAAAGCUCUUAGUGGUGUAAAGUUAGAUGAAUCAUGUUUUGGAAUCUGUCCAUAAAGUUGGCUCUCCAAUGGAAGGGCGCGCACCCCUCGUCUCGGACCCGUAUCUGUCGAUGUGUUUUGGCUGAAACUUUGUAAGACGGUCUCUGUUCUCUGUGUAAAGCUGUGAUACCCCCACCUCCCCACCCCCACCCUCCCAAAGCCCCACCCAUGUCUUUUCGUCAUUGCAGCUUUCUGCAGCAGCUUUCUCCUGAGCCCCCCACCCCUCCGAGCCUCUUCAUGUUGCUGUAAUAAAUAUGCUGAUAUUUUUUAUUUCA